AGGAAGGUGUGGCAAGGGAGUGACUCCAAGUGAUGUCACAGGGGCGGAGGUCACCGCGGCAGCUAAAAGGCCUGUGAACGAACAGUCAGCCGCCUAAACUUUGUUCACUGUCCAAGAUGAAGUGGUUUAUUCUGUGCUUCGUUGUUGUCGCUCUGGCGCAGCGUGGGAGGAUCGACGAGCUUCUGCAGCAGUUGAGGGAGCUGCUGGACCGCAUGCCUGGCACUGGCACCGGAACUGGCACAGUCAAUGGCACCAACGUCACCGACAGCGGUUCCAUUGACACUUACCACGGGUGGAGGAUAGAAGAUCAUCAUGCCGGGACUCAGCAUCUUCUCCUCUUCAUCAAAGACCAGCCAGUGACGGCUAAACUGUGUUACUUAAUAAUCGUCUCCCACAGUUGGGACCACUUGUUGGAAGAGCAAGCCAGCAUCAACAAGAUCACGGAAGAGAUUUACGCCAUAAUCCGCAACCCGAGCCACAGUCAGAUUGAGAUCCCACCCCAGGAGCUGGCGGACACGUACCAGGACUUUGAGGGGGCCCAGGACUGCCGUGGUCACCAGACCUACCAGAUCUACUACUCUCCCUCCUUCCUGACGACAGCAGCGCCAUAAGCCACACACAGACAGGUCCAUCAUUCAGCGACCACUGUGGACUUCUCACAAAAGCACGCUUGUGUCUUUGUGUAACUAAAACAUUCGAGAGUAACUGUGGGCUUCUACAUAAUUUCCUGUGUGUUUACCUAAAGAAUACACAGACUAUGUCAGAAAUAAAAUUUUCGUUAACAUUA